AUGGUAGCAUGUGCAUAUUUACAAUAAGUAAUAUUAGGUUUCUCAUUUAUUUUUUCAAUCCUUACUUUGCUGAAAAACAAAUACUGAUCUAAUUUGCUAUAACAUAUAGCCGCAGCUGAUAAAAAAUAGUUACCAAUGUGCAUACAGAAAUAUUAUUAAAAAUAUUCACACGAUACUUACUAUUUUGUCAGUUGUGGAUUAAACAAUUUUGCAGUCAUUGGAGAAUUACAUUUAAUAUUAUUUGUUUAUUAAAAUUUUAUCCAUUAAACAUGUUUGAAGAUAAAAGUGAUGCUGCAAUAGGAUUUGAACGUCAAGAAUCAAGUGAAAAGUCGCAAACCUUUGCCAAUAUUCAAACUGAGAUUGUAGUCCAUGAGGAAGAAGAGGUACAAGUUGUAGAGAAGAAAAGUAUUGAGACACAGACUAUUGAAGAGGCAUUGAAAACUCCAGAUUAUAAUUAUGACAGAUUAGCUGAUUUCUUAAAACGUAUUACCCCUGGUGUGUUACAAUUUUUAGAUGAACAGCAUGGUAGCAAUGCUUUUGACGAUUAUGAUCUAGGAAUCAAUGGAGAGCCUGCUACUAAUGUACAGUUAAUUAAUAGACUAAAUAGUUUAGAAAUGUCAGAUUUUAAAGGUAAAAUCAGUUGUGUAACUUGGAGUACUGGUGGUGGAACUUUAGCUGUGGGCCAUAGUGCAACUCAUCAUGAAACAUGGUGCAAUGAUUUAACAAAAAUUCAGUUUUUUAAUCUUUCAAAGGAUAAUCUUUUGAUGUCACAACCAAGUAAAACUCUGGAAGUUUCUUCUUGUGUUACAUCAUUAUUUUAUCACCCUGAAGAACCUUCAAUCAUUGCUGCUGGUUUAUUUAAUGGUGAUGUUUUAGUAUGGAAUUUAAGAGAUGAAUUAUCUGUAACACCAUUACAAGUUUGUACUCAUGGUGAUUUGGUUUCACAAAUUCAAUGGAAUCAAAGAAUUUUAAAAGGAGCAUCAGCUUUGGUAACAUCUAGUGCUGAAGGGUAUAUUUUUAUUCACAAACUAAUGGUAAAUUUUACACAAGCUACAUUGAAUAAACGUUAUAAAAUAGCAAAGGAAAAAAAUCCUGCUGAAAAAGCCAGACCAAUGAGUGCAGGUGGGACCAAAGAGAGGGCACAAGAAGCAGGACUUUGUAUAACAAGUUUUGAUUUUUCAUCAAAAGAUCAACAUCUGCUAGUGGUUGGUACUUUGUGCGGUGGACUUUAUAAAUGUAAAAUAGAUACUGCAGUUUCCAUAGAAGGAGAUGAAAAUCUGUUUGACCCAGUAAUAGAUGAAUAUGAUAGACACAAAGGCCACGUUACAUGUAUAAAAAGUGCUCCAACACAAAAUUUGUUUGUUUCCUGUGCUUCUGAUAAAGAAAUCAGAAUUUAUGAUUUUGAUCAGCCGGCUAGCUUAAGAAUUAUCACAGUAGAAAACACUACUGUUCAGUUAAUGUGGCAUUUUGGAAAUCAGGAUAUCUUCUUGGCUUAUGGUGCAGGUCCAGAAAUCAAAUUUUUCAACGUGAAAAAUGGCAGAGCCUUGCAAAAAAUAUUGCUGUAUUCCGAUAACAGAGAUAAUGCCAGUUGUUUAAGUUUUAAUCCUAAACGGGAAAUGGUAGCAAUUGGCGAUACCAAAGGCAACCUAGAAGUUUGGAGAAUGCCGAGAAUCAUAACUUAUUAAUCAAAUUAAGAUUCAAAUAAUUGUAAUUGAUUAUUGUGCUUUACUAAUUUAUUGUAUGAAUGUAUAUGAACAGAAAGUAUUGUCGCUGCGUACUAAUUUAUGGUGAAAAGAUACUAGCCGAUUUAUUUUUACAUUCCAAUUUGUAAUUUCUUACGUAAACAUUGUAAGCAAUCAAAGAUGAAAUAAAAAAUAUCACAUGGUUUCUUUAAUUAUGUAUAUUAAUAAAUGCGAAAUAAACAUGUACGAAUG